UAGUAGGGAAUGAUUGCAACUCGGCAGGAAAUAAGACCCGCUGUUGGCUUUUGAAGGAUUCAACAUUCCUCGAGCUGACAUCAUGUGUCCCGCGAUUAAACUCCUCACUAGGCUCGGCGCUGUGGCCGUGCUCGCUGACCACCAGAACUGUACAAAACCCAAGAUAACCAUACCCCGCGCAAAAGAUCUCGGAUAUGUGUUCUACGUACGGGAAGGACCUUUUGAAGUUUACUGCUCAAGUGACGCCAACAUUCUCGUGUUUAAUGGAGCCGCUCGCGAUGGAACUAUUAUCACAGGUAGGUAGGUAAUAUGUAUAUCGCUGCCGAAGUACCCAUAACACAAGUCUUAUUAAGCUUAGUGUGGAACUUAGUCAAUUUGUGUAAUGAUAACCUACAUUAUUUAUUUAACCCGCGAACCAAGUUUGACCCAGUGAAAUUUAUAUACGAACGCGGUAUGAAAUAAAUAAGAUACAAGUGCCCCCACCUACAGCUCCUAAGGGUCAGCAAUGCGCAUGUUACCCCACUUAUUUCACUAUUUGGUUACACCUCUGGAAUUUCAAGCGUACAUACCUAUUAUGCUUGUUUAUUUAACCAACCUACAACGAUCGUGGUAGGAACAAUUUUUAAAAGUUACACCAUAUUUAAAUGUAGAUAAGGAUCAAAAAACCCUCAUUGAUAAAUUGAUACGGUUAAUCCUACUUAGCAUUCCGAUCAAACAAGCUAGAUAUCAUCUCAUCAUGCGGGAUAAAUCGAAACCUGUCGGUAUAAAACCUCAUGAAAACCGCCAUCACACCAUCAGUAACUUACCACCAGUUUUGGAACGUACCCGUCAAUAUUUGACAGCUGCAUUUUUUUACAAUGGGAUUUAAACUAAGCUUCGGUAUCGCGGUUUUCUGCCUAAUUUGUUUGUUAGAAAUUCAAGGGUCCUUUAUUAAGGGGAAGAACAUUCCGAGGGUCGGAAGAAGCAACGAGGCCGAUGGGCCUUUUGAUCAGGGGGCAAUGGGUUACGUUAUCAAGACGAUUCCGGCGAAAAACAUACCGCGCAUGGGGAGGAGGAAUUACGAUUCGCAAAAUCGCUAUGAUAUCCCGAAAUUUUAUCAAGCGCCUGCAGAAAACUUGGAAUUAUUUGGAGAUGACAGCCAACCAGGAUUCAACCAAGAACAAAUAGAGGGUUAUUAUAGCAGCCAGCUACAAAAUAUGAAAAAAUAAGAAACAGAAAUGCUCGACUUGGCUGGGGCACUACCGUAUCCCUAUAUAGUGUAAAUGGAUCAUUGGAUGUAAACCCUUUUUUGUUGCUUUUGCGAACAAUAUUAUUUUCUAGUCAUUAUUAUGAAAUCACAUUAAAUUGCUACUUAUAA